AUGUCGCAAAAAGUUAAGCUCUUGACUUUCAAUUGUUGGGGCUUGAAAUACAUCUCAUCUCUUAGAAAAGAGAGACUUCAAGCUAUAGCAGAAAGAUUAGCACACCCUACUAACGAUGAUGAGAGCUACGAUAUAGUCGCUCUACAGGAGAUUUGGUGCGAAGAGGAUUGGUCUUUUAUAAGCGAUUUAUGUAAGGAAGAGUACCCUUAUAGAAGAAUUUUCAAGUCAGGGAUUAUAUCAGGACCAGGAUUGGCCAUUUUAUCGAAAAUCCCGAUAGAAUCUACAUUUUUGUACAGAUUCCCAAUUAAUGGUAGAUCAUCUGCAUUUUUCAGAGGUGAUUGGUAUGUUGGUAAAAGUAUAUCGGUCACUGUGUUAAAUAAUCCACAUGUUAAUGGUUUCAUACCCAUUGCUAUCUUGAACUCUCAUAUGCAUGCUCCAUAUGGAAACCAUACUGGUGAUGCAGCUUACUCUUGUCAUAGAGCUUGCCAAGCGUGGGAUUUUGCUAAGCUUGUGAACUUUUUGAAAAGAGCAGGAUACGCUGUGAUCCAAGUGGGUGAUUUGAAUUCCAAGCCAGGAUCCUUGCCGUAUAAGUUAUUUACAGUAGAAGGAGGACUAGUUGAUCUGUGGGUGCAACAUAAGUUAGAUAGUGAGCCUGUAAAUCCGGAAUCGGCUUCAGGUGCAGACAUCAUAACUUCGCCGAAUUCGAGAACUCCAUUAAUAUCAAAAACCAACCCAGUUGAUGAUAUCGGGCUCUUGUCACCGGUUGAUCAAGUGGAGAUUAGUGGUGUAACCUGCGAUUCCAGAUUGAACACUUGGAGGCUGUUUAAGAAGCCACAUGAGGCAUGUAGACUCGAUUAUGCAUUUAUUGAUCCAUCUUAUUUGGUGACAACUAAAGCAAAAGUAGUUUUCACUGAGAAGUUACCACCUCCAUUAAGUUGUUCGUAUUCAGAUCAUUUUGGUUAUAGUGCAGAAUUCUUAGUCAAGCCAAGUUCUAAGGACAACACUCCCUCAAUUUCAUCUCCAAACUUAACGGACAAGAUCAAUGUAUACAAAGAAUUAUUAUUAGAGUUGAGAGAAUAUCAAAGAUUUACAAUACCUAAGCAAGUUACUUGGAGAAAAUACCAUUUCUUUUUAGGAAUGUUUACGUUGGUGUUGUUCCACUUUGUCAUGCCUUGGGCCACUGCGUUGAACCCAAUAUUCUCUCUCAUUAUUCUAUUUUUAAGCACGACAGUAGCAAUAACAUCAGUUCUCAAUGGAUUGAUUUGGUAUUUUGGGGUCAGAUCAGAGCACAGAGCUUUACAGGAAGUUCAAAUGGAGGUAGAGGACGUACUUGAGAGUACCAAAAGUGUAUAA